AUUCCGCCGCUCCCCAGCGGAGCGUGCCUUUGUCUUACACAACCAGAAGUGUUGAAGAAAUUAUUCAUGCAUAUUCAUGUGGCCUGAAUGGUGCUCUUGCUCCUGUUUUCUGGAGGAAGGGGAGAUUACUUCGGAGUAAGGAGCGCGCGGGGGGCCCAGCCGCGACUACUUCUACCCAGAGGAGGCUCCGGAUUGUCCCCUCAGUCGGCGAGAGCCACUCGUCCAGCCUUGCGUUUUGACCAGAUGGAUCGCGCAGCGGCGCCUCGGAGCCCCUGGACGAGUUCUUCGGGAAUCCGCCUCUGGUGCGAUAUUCACGAGGGAAGCCGCAGCGGACCUUUGGAUCGGAUAAGGCGCGGUUAAAGGGGAGCUCCGACGGUUCCGGCGCGCCGGUUCCCCGAUGAUCGUUGAAUCGAGAAGGCGCGACGAUCUCCGUUUCCUUCGCUCAGCGCUGAAGAGGAAGCGAGGACAGUGCAGCCAGAUAUUCCCCCCUCAUCUUGGCUCAUCACAGAUAAUCUACGGAAAUGGUACCACUAUCGGCUCUGUAAUUACAUUUCGUUGUUCUGAAGAGCACCAGCUGAUUGGUCACGGAGUUGUCACAUGCAUUUGGAAAGAAAAUGCUACACAAUGGACAGCUGACACUCCUUCAUGUAUACCCAUAUCCAAGUAUGAAACCUUUGGAUUUAAAGUUGCUGUGAUUUCUUCCAUUGUGAGCUGUGCCAUUAUUCUCCUGAUGUCGAUGGCUUUUAUAACCUGUUGUCUUAUCAAAUGUAUUAAGAAAAGCGAAAGAAGAAGGGCUCAAAGGGAUAUGCAGUCAUGGUACCAGCUCAGAAGUGAAGAGCUAGAAAACAUGCAAGCAGCUUACUUUGGUUUGAAAGGCAGGAAUAGCAACAACAACAACAAAAAUAUUAAAACCCAGGCGGAGUCUGAUGGUAGUAGUAAUGUGGCGUAUGACAACCAAGGCUUCUGCAGCUUCAAAGAAGACUGGAUUAGAGACAUGGCACAAACACGCUGUUCUGGAGAAUGCGACUUACAAAAUAAAUCUGCUGAAACCAGUAAUGCACUUGGUAAACAUUUGGUCCCUGGACAUAAUGGUGGUGUACAGAGCAUCCAUACAGUUCAUGCGGUAGAUGUCUACGGGCAGGAUAAGGAUAUCCUUGGAAAACUGCAUACUCACUUACCUGGAUAAAUAGCCUCAAUUGUUAAAAGUUGUCCCGGACCAAAGAAAAUUGUGAAUACACAUGCUUACUGAACGUGCCUUAAAAACAACAUUAAAAUAAAUGUCUGUCCCUUAUGUAUCUAUUGCGGUAAAUGUCUGACUAUAGCUAUAAUUUAGCAAAUUGCCCAAAAUAUGGAAAACUAAAUUCAGCUUCACAAAAAAGAAAAAUAAAAUGCAUUUUUGAUACUUA